AGCUGGUUGUCAUUUCACUCGGCUCGGUCCUUAGGAGAAGGACUCAGCCGCGGCUGCGGGACCGGGCACCGGGAGGCGGUGGUGCCGGCGGCGGCGGCGGUGGCAGCGGAGACGGCAGAGGAGAAAGAGGAGGAAAAAGGAGAGAAGACGAGCCAGGCGGAGUCCGCAACAACAACCGCGGGGACUGCGGGACCGGGGUAAAGCGACGGAGGCGGCGGCGACGACGACGACGACGACGACGGCCCAGCAACCGUGAGGAGAAACAAAAGCCUUCUAAAUUAUAGUUAAAAAAAAGUCUUGGGGGAAAAAGAGAGAGCAAAGCGGGGAGGCCCUUCUCUUUUAGGAUAACUACACUAGUGGGGUUUUCCUUUUCUUCCCUCUUUCUUCCCCCCGCUGCGGAGAAUCGAACUGAGAGAACCGAACAAACCGCCCCUGGGUCCCAUGAGGGGAAAAAACCCCGGAGCCGCAGAGAGGGGAAGAGGCCGAAACCGCCGGACCUUCCAGGUCGCCCCCUCGGUGCCCGCACGCCCGGGCCGCCGGCUCGUCCUCAUCCAGUCUUGCUAAUCCUUCUCCAUCGCGACCCCCCUCGGAGGGAGAAACGGGUGUUUCCAACCCAUUUCAUGGGGGAGAGGAAGCCGGGGGGGAGCCCAGGAGCAGCGACCGCAGCGAGAUCUGCACCCAGAGCCUCAGGAACAGCCCCCGAGGCCCAAACUGCACACCGUGAACGAGCAGAAACAGGGCCAGGAGCCGCAGAAGCCUCCCUGCGAUCAUCUUCCCAUUAGUCGAUGCCGCUUUCCUCGCCGGCCACCAGGAACUCACCUCCCGCCCCAGAUAAUCUAAUAUAAUCUAUCUAUAUAUAUAAAUAUAUAAUAUAUAAUGUCCUUAAAUUAUUCCUGAUUUUUUUAACCAAGCUGCCAAGAAAAGAAACGUAUUCUCCCUUCUAGCCCUAUUCUAAUUUUUAUGUGAGUGAAUCUAAACUGCUGAGGAAGACCCUAUGUGAUUGUUAAAUUAUAUCUAUAUAUUUUUACUCCGCGCAAUGCUUAUUCUUCUACGUGUAUAGAUGCUUGAGAAGCUGUGUUUUUGUCAUUCAUGUGCAUUUUCCUUUGGAAAAAGAAAGCGCCUAUUUUACUAACCAAAGACUUGAUUUUUACCCUCUUCGUUUUUAUUCCCUCCUAGAAAUAAGCCCAGUUGGAUUCAUGUCAAUGUUUUAAGAGAUUUUGAUUUUUCAGUGGUUUUUUUUUCCCCCCUUUCCGAGACCAGAAUUCCAAAUCAGAACUAUUUAGGGUGACAAGCUGCGGAUCUUUGAGCUAGCUAUAAAUAAGACAUUUCAAACAAACACAUUUGGGGUAGAGGCUACAAAGGCGUGAGACAUCAGGUUGUCGGGAGUUUUUUUUGUUGUUGUUGUAAAAUUCUGCUCCUAAAAAUAAUAAAUGGGGGAUUACGGGUUUGGAGUGCUAGUGCAAAGCAACACUGGGAAUAAAUCUGCUUUUCCGGUCCGGUUCCAUCCGCACCUACAGCCUCCACACCAUCACCAAAAUGCCACCCCCAGCCCUGCUGCUUUUAUAAAUAAUAACACAGCUGCCAAUGGCAGCAGCGCCGGCUCAGCUUGGCUCUUUCCUGCUCCUGCCGCCCACAACAUUCAGGAUGAGAUCUUGGGGUCAGAAAAGGCAAAAAGUCAGCAGCCAGAACAGCAAGACCCUUUGGACAAGCAGCAGCUCUCCCCCAGUCCAGGUCAGGAAGCUGGAAUACUGCCGGAAACCGAGAAGGCGAAAUCGGAAGAAAACCAAGGGGACAGCUCUUCAGAAAGCGGUAGCGGGAAGGAGAAAAUCAGAAUCGAGUCACCAGUGUUGACAGGGUUUGAUUAUCAAGAAGCCGCAGGGCUAGGUACUUCCACCCAACCUCUGACAUCCAGUGCAUCGUCUCUUACCGGUUUCAGUAACUGGUCAGCCGCCAUCGCGCCUUCCUCCUCUACAAUCAUCAACGAAGAUGCCAGUUUCUUUCACCAGGGAGGGGUCCCAGCUGCUUCAGCUAAUAACGGUGCUCUGUUGUUUCAAAAUUUCCCCCAUCACGUCAGCCCUGGCUUCGGGGGCAGCUUCUCCCCUCAAAUCGGGCCUCUCUCACAGCACCACCCUCAUCAUCCUCACUUCCAGCAUCAUCACAGCCAGCAUCAGCAGCAAAGGAGGUCUCCUGCCAGUCCCCACCCGCCACCUUUCACACACAGAAAUGCUGCUUUUAACCAGCUGCCGCAUCUGGCGAAUAAUCUUAACAAACCCCCCUCUCCGUGGAGCAGCUACCAGAGCCCCUCUCCUACACCCUCCUCCUCCUGGAGCCCAGGAGGUGGUGGAUAUGGUGGCUGGGGAGGUUCCCAAGGCCGCGACCACCGCAGGGGGCUGAAUGGAGGAAUAACGCCCCUGAAUUCCAUCUCGCCUUUGAAGAAAAAUUUUGCAAGCAAUCAUAUUCAGCUCCAGAAGUACGCUCGCCCCAGCUCUGCCUUUGCUCCUAAGUCCUGGAUGGAGGAUAGCUUGAACAGGGCUGACAACAUUUUUCCUUUUCCGGAGCGCCCCAGGACGUUCGACAUGCACUCCCUGGAGAGUUCCCUCAUCGACAUCAUGAGAGCCGAAAACGAUUCGAUUAAAGGUCGUCUAAACUAUUCCUAUCCAGGAUCCGAUAGCUCCCUGCUUAUUAAUGGUCAGUCUUCGCUGUUUCCAAUGGAAGAUGGAUUCUUGGAUGACGGCCGUGGGGAUCAACCUCUUCAUAGUGGCCUGGGCUCACCUCACUGCUUCACUCACCAGAAUGGAGAAAGAGUAGAGCGAUACUCUCGCAAGGUGUUUGUGGGCGGACUGCCUCCCGACAUCGAUGAAGACGAGAUCACGGCUAGUUUUCGCCGCUUUGGCCCAUUGAUUGUGGAUUGGCCUCACAAGGCGGAGAGCAAGUCCUACUUCCCUCCCAAAGGCUACGCAUUCCUGCUGUUUCAAGACGAAAGCUCUGUCCAGGCCCUCAUCGAUGCUUGUAUCGAAGAAGACGGAAAACUCUACCUGUGUGUCUCAAGUCCCACCAUCAAGGACAAGCCGGUCCAGAUUCGGCCUUGGAAUCUCAGUGACAGUGACUUCGUGAUGGACGGUUCACAGCCUCUUGACCCACGAAAAACUAUAUUUGUUGGUGGUGUUCCUCGACCAUUACGAGCUGUGGAACUCGCCAUGAUAAUGGAUCGGCUGUACGGAGGUGUGUGCUAUGCGGGGAUUGAUACCGACCCCGAGCUGAAGUACCCGAAAGGGGCGGGGCGAGUCGCCUUCUCCAAUCAGCAGAGUUACAUAGCUGCUAUCAGCGCCCGCUUUGUUCAGCUGCAGCACGGAGAGAUAGAUAAACGGGUGGAAGUCAAGCCAUAUGUCUUGGACGAUCAGCUGUGUGACGAGUGCCAGGGCGCCCGCUGCGGGGGCAAGUUCGCCCCGUUCUUCUGCGCUAACGUCACCUGUCUGCAGUAUUACUGUGAAUAUUGCUGGGCUGCCAUCCACUCUCGUGCUGGCAGGGAGUUCCACAAGCCCCUGGUGAAGGAGGGCGGCGACCGUCCCCGACAUAUUUCAUUCCGCUGGAACUAAAGGAGAACUACAGUGCUCAUUUUCAGGCCUCAGAAUAAGUGCACUCCUCUGUUAAUUCUGACCCUUCCCUCAGCCUCUUCACGCCGGCAUGCCCUUUCUUAGCAGUCUGUAACUCACCAGUAGUGUGAUGGAAGGAAUGGCCUAGGACAGAGGGGUUUUGUAGGUUCCGUGUCCCCGAACACAGUGUGGGUGACCUCCUUGUUUGUAUCGCCACCGUGUUGCCCGGAAGUUUUGUUCUCUUGUUUUGCUGGAGAGCAAGAGGGUGCAAACUUCCUGCAACACGUUCCUAGAGGAGAGAGAGAAAUAUGAAGAGAGAAAUGAAACAAUAGAGUAUUUUGGGUUUUUAAUUAAAUUAUUGUUAAUAAUAUAUAAGAAUACUUUUAUUAGAAUAACCAUGCAACAAUAACACUAUCCGUCUAUCCUGACACAGUUGUCCCCAGGGAGACGCUUCUGCCUUUUUCUUUCUUUCCUUUCACCUUGGUUGCCUCUGUUUCCAUCCCCUUUAUAUACUUUUAACAGCAGUGGAGGAAGUUAACAAUCAUUAACGGGACAGAGUCUGUGAAAGCCAACGCAAAGGCAUGAGCAAGAUCGGAGCAGCAUUAUCGCCUACUUGGAGGAGGGUGGAGAGGCCGAAUAUCCCUUCCCUCUGCCUCCGAGUUGCUUCCACGUCAGAAACAGAGAGUCAAGUUGGCAGAGCUGGGUUUAUUUUCUUUCAAACAAGUUGUGAAAUCUAGGAUGUAAAAAUUGGGUAAAUUUACUACCGAGGGGAGUGCACCUACUUAUUUUUAAACUUACCCGGUCACAGCCCCAGGAAACCUACCAAAGCUAGAAUUAACGACAGCUGGCGGGAAAAGUAGCAGUUCCUCCCCUGAAGACCUAAUGUAUAGAUUUUAUUUUUGAUGUUCUGUAUAAACUCUAUAUCCUAAUUUUCUAACGCUCAUCGGGUGUCGGCCUUUGCUCUCCAUUUUGACGUCCAGAAAACACACAUAGCGGAUCUAGAGUUACCUCAAGGAUAUCAUUUUUGAUUGCGUUGUGCAGUACACUUGUAGCCAAAACUGGAAGAUGAAAUCAAUAUACAAAUUGGCUGCUGAUUGGCUUUCUUUUAGAUUUAAAGUUACUUUGGGUAUCCUGUAAUUUAGUUGUAACAUAGAAAAUGGGGAAAAAGUUUUAAAAGAGUUAAGUAGUUGCAAAGUGUUUUGCACUGUUGAACUAAGUAACUGUGUAGAUCUGUGCAAAGAUACGUAUGUUUAUCUUACUCUUCCUAUAAAAUAAAAUAACAUUACAGUUUCAGAACUUAGCAUGGGACAUAGUCAGUGUUUGAAGUGCCAACUUCAUCCAGUAAUGCAUGCUUUAUUAUAAAUAAAAUCUAGCUUUGAAAGGCGUUAUUAUGCGUUGAACAGUAUGCUUCAGGGGUAAAUUUAAAAUAGUCUCUUGAAGCCUUGGUCAUGGAAGUAACUUUUAUUUUAAUUGACUUUAUCUCAUUGAAUGCCCGAUCCACCAUUAAGAGGAUUGUUAUCGGUGUGCAAAACAUCGUUUAAGGAAAUCUAAUGGCAAUCUUGCUAGUCGUGCUACCUAACAGUACCAUCUCGGAUCCUGCAAAACCAAAGACUUGCCCCAGCGCUACGGUGGAACCACCUGGCUGAUGCCCCCUACUGAUUAUCUUGAGGAAAAGCAGUCCUUUAUUUCUAAUACAGGCUUUAAUGAACUGUGUCCGUGUGAAGUUCCAAAGGUCAAAAUGGAGACAUUUGCUGUCUUGACAGUGCAGCCUGGAGCGGGAGCUGCUUUCCCAGAAUUCCCUGCAAAGGUCGAAAGCGGUCAUGCGGAUGGAGGGUGCUCUUGUGUAGCUGGUCAGGGACUCGUUUUUCUUUUCUCCUGAACUGCAUAAUUCUAAGUGGAAUGUUCAUUUGCCUCUUUCUUCUUUCAGACGCUUGUAGGUGGCUUGGGGUGUGCUCUUGUGCUGUUCCCACUCAGUAAACAGGUGUGACGAGCUAACGAGAAAUAACGCUGUUUGAGAACUAGCUUUGAAUAAUGAUUUUCCCCUUUGUACAUGACCUGCUGACUUUCGGUACAGUGUUUUGUAGCUGACUUAUUUCGUCAUGCACAUAAUGUGUAUUUGUCAUGCACUACUUUUGUAUAUCUUGUUUUUCCAGCAGUGAGCAUUUUUAGGCACACUUUUCACUGACGGGAUAUCUCUUUAUGCAAUACCUCAAUUUUUCAUAUUGCAAAGAGUAGCUUUUUGUACUUUUAUUACUGAGAGAUCUUCAUAUACUUCAUUUUUUAAUAUAAAUAAUUUUAAUAAAUUUUAUUUUCUUAUAUUCUGCUUUUUAUACAUUUCAGUGCUCUGCAUACAUUUUAAACUAUGAGUGUCGUGCACUGGCGAUGCUAUUGCAGAGUCUGCAGAGAAGAGAAAGCAUGUUGCUUUAACAUCCUUCCCCAGCACCGGCCCUUGGUGCACCUAGAAUUGAAGGAAUAGUCUAUGUAACGUCACAAAUUAAUGAGCAAAAAUUCGCAUGAAAAUGACAGACAACACUGUAGUUCCUCAAAAACGACAUGCCUAAGCAUACGUUAGAAAUUUAAAAUAACACAAUUGUCUACAGCUUCUUACUCAGUUUUUAAAAUUAUUCAUAACGCAGACAUUUUUGGUGAAUGUUUAUCCAUUUUUAAUAUUAAUAAAUUGAUGUUUAAGUGUUUGAUUCCGAGAUGUCUGCUCUUUUAAAUUAUAUAUAAGGAAAAAUUAAAACAGCCUGCCGUGGGGCGGGUAUGUAAUGUUAGUGUGCAUGACUAAUGUAAGAAAUCGCUAUUCUACUAAUAUUUCCUUGUGAUUGUGUGACAAGUGUGUUUACAGAUUAUUUGGUUACACUUCAAUUUACAGGGCAUAAACAAUUAUUAUCUAUUACUCUGAACUUUAUCGAUUACAUGUCCUUCAGAUUACAUGGGAUUGUAGUUGGGAGUUACCAUGUAACUCAAAACAUAAUUAACAUGUAAUUAGUUUACAGAUUUUAGGGUAUCACUUCAAUUUACCAAGCAUGUAGUUGUAGUGCACUUAGCAUGGCACCAGCCAUGUACUUACAAUGUAGUUACGGAGUAAUUACAUGGUUAUUUUUGCAAUGUAAAAUAAAGUGUUUCUGAUUAUUUUCUAUGUAAAGGCCCCACCCCUUGCCCCCUCUGGUCCCCACGCUUUGGUAUAAUAUAUCUACUUCUCCAUACACAGACCUCUACAGAAUGCAAAGUGAAACUUGCGGUGAGUGAAUUAGCAUUUUUUGAGAGUGCUGUUGGCAAGACUUGGUCAUUCGCCCCUUUUGUUUUGAAGAGUGGACUCUUCUGUUAAAAGGUGAUUUAAAACUUGAAUGUGAUGAAUUGUGGCAAGUUAACUUCAAGUUAUGUGCAAUACUUAUUUCAAACUUUUGAAAGAUCUUUGCAGUGUGAUUCUUUGUUUUUAAUUGCAGACAUUUAAAAAUGUCAUUUUCUACUGUUAAGAGUACUCCUCUUUCUUGCUGGUGUUUCUAAAGAAAAGAAUCAGAAAUCAAUCUUUCUACUAAUGUAAAUUUGAGAUUAUUUUUAAAAAUGGAAUAAAAGAGGUUUUGGUCAUUUGCUUUAUUUUAUUAUCUUAUUUUAAAGCUACUGUGAUUGAUAGCAUUGUAAGAAUCGGGACAAUAUUGUAUUCAACUGUUUUAUUUUUUAUAUUUUUAAAAUUUAAAGUAUAAUUAGUUUUUAUAAUUUGCAUCAGAUUUUUGUUAUAUUUUUUGGAAGUGAAACUUUUAGCAAGUGGGUGUCUAGUUUUUACUAAUCCCUAAUGUUUUUUUCCCCAGUGUAUUGCUCAUAUUUUCAGAAGGAAAAGUUAUUUAAGUACGUCAGUUAAUUGUACUACUUGGCUGAAUUUCCAUAUAGUUUAUACUGUGUAUGGGGACGUUGUAGUAUUUAUUAUAGCAUUUUAAAUAAGGGUAAUUCAUUUUUUAUUAAAGUCAUUUUCACGUUAAGUUCUUAUUUUUGUAUGUUCUACUCUUAAGUUAUAUAACACAGUUCCUUUUUUAAAAGAGUUCAUUUGUUGAAGUGCUAGUGAAAAAUUAAUGUUAUUAAAUAGUUUGCAAAUGACUAUUUAUACCAGUAUGCAUAUAAUUUUUAAAUAUUUGUAAUGUGAGAUG